CAGACACACGCAGACAAGACACGCAGGCGCACAGAGGAUGUCUCUCUCUCUCUCUCUCUCAUGCAGCAGGGCCGCAUAUAUACCAUCCAUAUUUAUGCAUUCACACAUACGUACAUAUCAACACACACACACACACACACACGCAGACGCAUCCAGGCCAUGCAGUGCACUGGACCAACAAGUGAGCAAUCGGUCGGUCGAUCAAGUCAAGUCGCUAUGUAGUUCUGGCCAGCCAGCCAGCCAGCCAGCCAACCCCGUAGCCGCCCCGCCGCAAACCCUAUAUCAGCAAACUGUGUGUAUGUUGGAUGUGUAUGUAUGUAUGUUGCAGGGGGGACCGGUCGAUACGUACGGGAGAAGCAAGUCAGUCAGUGAGUAACAUCAUAGUGCACAUGGGGGGAUGCAAUCGGUCGGUCCAUCGUAUGAACACACACACGCUCACUCACUCACUUCACAAAAGGCAACACACUGUCUGGCUGUCUGUAUCUGUAUCUGUACACGCAGCACCAGUAUGUCCUCUAAGCGGGCAGCCAGGCAGGCAGGCAGGCAGCCAGGCGGCGAGCAUUUGAGCAAGGGCACACCACAGAGCCGAGUGAGUGAGUGAGUGAGUGAGUGAGUGGGUGAGCGAGUGAGUGACUGGGAGAGCCAUGAAUGGGAUCGAUCCUCAUCUCAUCAUCAGAAGGCCUUCUUGUGGAGGAUGCCCGGGCCCUCCUCCUCGUACUCCUACACCAACACAACACGCAUUCAUACGGAUAGAUGAUCCCUGCCUGCCUGCCAGGUGCUGUGCUGUGUGCGGUUCGUUCGUUGCUCACUCACUGACUGACCUCUUUGGACACCCACAUCUUCUUGAAAGUGGCCAGCGAAGCCAAUAUGGCGCCACCUGAUCACACAACGGCCCACAGCAGGUAGCACGUGUGUGUGUGUUCAGUCCCAGUCUUAGCUAGCUUACCGAGGUAUGUGCUGAAUUUCCUCUCGGGCGGCGCCGAUAUGCGAAUUUUGAUGUCCUUCGGUGCGAGCCGCCGCACCUCGUUGAGCAACCGAUCGCCGAAACCUGAAUGCCAGGAAAGGCAAGGAACACAGAAAGAAAGGCGUCGGUCAGUUUGAACAGUCAGUCGGUCUUGCCAUAUCGAUCACCUGCAAACAUGGUGGAGCCGCCCGACAACACGAUCUGAACAAACACACGAGCGCCGCGUGCAAACACGCAGAAGAACGGCAGGCAGCCCAGCUGAGUAUGGUGUGUGUGUGUGUGUGUGUUGCCUGUGAGUAUAGGGUCUUUCUCAGGUCGAGGUCUGCGCGCGAUAUCGACUGCACCAGCAGCUCGUGGAUACCUGCAGCACACCGCACAAACACACAUAAAUACACAAAUGGAUGCGGGUCGGAUCUCGCUGGCUGCCCCACUGAUCGUCCGACCGACCGACCCACCAGGGUAUUCCAAUCCCACUUGGUUGGGGUGGAACAGAAUCUCGGGCGCCCGGAAGCGCUCAGGGCCCAGCUGAACACACACACGCACACACACAGAUAGAGAGAGUCAUGUUGACGCCUAUCGUCUGUCUUGUGUCAUUCAUGGUGUGUUGGCAUGCAUGAUCCAAGGCCUGACUGACUGACCAGUAUUUGUGUUCCGUCGGGCAGGUGGAAGGGGAACGAUGCCGACGUCUUGUCGUGCUCCUGGUGCUCCUCUUUCUGCAGCAUAGAAAUGCCAAUGGCACCACACACAGAAAGACAACAAGAGACGGGUGCCGUGUGUGUAUGCGCAUCUGUGAUGGUGAUGUGCACACCUGCGGGUUGAAUGCGACGUAGCACGUGCUCUCCUUGAUCUGACGCACCACCUCCAUCUCAGCCUGGGAGUGCGGUGGACGGACGGACGAAAGGACGGAUGUGUGUGUGUGUGUGGUGUGUGUGUAUGCUGAUACCCUCUCUCACCGAUGUGUGGAAGACGUGUCCCGCCCGCCUCAGCUGCAGCUGCAAAUGCUCCGUCACGUCCCUGCAGACACCACACACCACACCCUCAUUCAUCAGUCAGUGUAUGGGCCGCCUGUCGUGUGUUUCUGAUCUGGAUGGAUGGCGUACCUGCCGGCGAGGUCCAUUCUGGUGACGGCAUGCGAGAGUGCGAAGCCCUCAUACACCGGCACAGAGUGCGUCACGCCGUCACCUGAAUCCAGCACCACGCCCGUCGUGCGGCCGCUAGCGUACCUGUGGACAGCACACACACACACACACUCACGCACAUCAGGUUUGUGGCCGCUAUCCGUGUGUGGCAGUUUGUUGAUUCGUUCAUUGACUGCAAUUGAUAGCGGGCGUACAGUGCGAGUAUGGCCUGGGCGGACACGAAGAGCGCGGGGCAGUUGAACGUCUCGAAGAAUAUCUCGGCGGCCUUCUCCCUGUUGCGGCGGGGGUUCAGGGGAGCCUCCGUCAGCAACACAGGAUGCUGCACACAAACACAAACAAAGGGACGAUGGAUGCAGGCAGGGAUAGGGAUGCCGCAUGAGUGAGUAAGCACAUUCGUACCUCUUCCGAGUUGAUUUUCAUUUCCGAGUAGACGUGUGUCCAGAUGUUCUCCAUGUCUAUCCAGUCCUCACAUAUCCCUAGGGGCACAUGUGUAUGCAGGCGUGGCACGGAAACACGCACAAUUUGAGUUGAUCCAUCCAUCCAUCGACUGACUGACUGACUGACUGACCAUGGUUCAUGGGGUACUUCAGCGCCAGCAGCCCUCGCAACUCCUCCUGACGGACGGACAAGCAGAUGGUACACAUCACAUUCAGUCGUAGAUGGUACAUAACACAUUCAAUAUGCAUUUGUUCUUCUCUAUGCGCUCGCUCGCUCACCGCUCUGGACCCCACGAACACAUCCCCCUCGGCAGCCCCCGCCAUCACACGCUUGUGCUUCGGACGGCCAACACUGGUUGGUAUGAUAAAGGACAUAAAGGACACACAGGCGAUGGCCAUGAAUGCAUCUGUCUGUGAGCCGAUUCAGAGUGUCCAUCAGCCGGCCUUACAAGCUUGAGAACACGCAUUUGGGCACGUCAUCGCCAGCAAAGCCCGCCUUCAUCACACCAGACCCCUGAACAAGCCAGCCACACACACGCAGCCAAAACACCAUCAGGACGCCCAGCUGUUUAUGUGCCUUUCCUUUCUCCCGUGGCCUUAUGUACGUUGUCAAUGACGACGGGCUGGUUGGCGAUGACCUCCUCAUAGUCGUGAUCAAUCAUGAUCCUUCUUCAAUCAGCAACACCCAAUAGCUGCUCCUCUCCUCUACGGCCGAUGGAUGCUACACAAAUGAUUCACUGCAAGGCCCCGAUGCAAGGGGAAUCCAAUCGCACCAAUUGGUGGCCUCUAUCACACCGCG